AACACUCAGUAAAAGAUCCCUAAAUUGUUGUACUACUGUCAUUCUCAUUCACAAACACACGGUGUUUCAUUCCAGGAUCACUGACGUGUACGGUCCAGAUUUAAAACCCACUCAUUCUUAGAUUCAUCUUCGCAUCACAAUCACAUGUCCCUAUAAAAUCUCUUCUCUCCCCAAACUUUUCUCUCUUCUUCAUUCGUCACUAUUAAAUUAUUACUAUUUAACUGUUAUCGUUUUUUUUCCUUCUCAUUAUUAUUUUUUAUUUUUUCUCUCUUCCUUUUCAUUCUUCAAUUCCUCGAUUAUUGCUUGACGAUUUCUCAUCGGAUCUGAAAAUUCGAUCUCGAUUUCCGAUCACCGGAGACUCAAUCCACCGCCGCCGCGAAACUCGGAUUCAUUGUAACAAUAUCGCAUCGUUUUAAAUCUCACGAGAUCUAAUUGAAAUUGAAAAUUUGCAACCCUAAUUUAAUCACUGACCUAAUUUCACAAUUUCGAAACCGAUUUACGGUUUCAGUGUUGUAUUUGUAUUGUGUUGUGUGUGAUUUGUGUAAUUCAUGGUUUUUGGAUCGUUUUUGGAUUGUAAUAAUUCGAAAAACUUGGAAGAGAUGGGGAAAGAGGUUGAGGAUGUGGAAGAGGGUGAGAUUUCUGAUACUGCUUCUGUUGAAGAGAUUACUGAAGAGGAUUUCAAUAAACCAGAUGUUGUUAAGGUGAAUAAUAAUAAUAGUGAUAAGGUUAAAAGUGGCAGUGGUGGUGGUGGUGGUGGUGAUUCUAGGGUUUGGGCUGUUCAGGAUUUGUAUUCAAAGUAUCCUACUAUAUGUCGUGGUUAUGCUUCGGGAUUGUAUAAUCUUGCUUGGGCACAAGCUGUUCAGAAUAAGCCUUUGAAUGAUAUUUUUGUAAUGGAACUUGAUUCUGAUUCUAAUGUUAAUGCUAAUGCUAAUAGUAACACUAGCAGUAACAAUGAUGGUGAUUUGAAUAAGCCAUCAAAGGAGAUUGUGGUGGUGGAUGAUGACGAUAAAGAGGAAGGGGAAUUGGAGGAGGGGGAGAUUGAUGCUGAUGAUGAUACAGACUGUGUUAUGUUGAGUGGUGAUGAUUUUGAGACUGUUUCUGAGGUGCUUGGUAUUAAGGCUGUUUUGGAGGGUAUUACUGUUGCUAAUGUGGCUGAACCGUUUGCUGAAACUUGUACUAGGAUUCAGGGUGUCUUGUGCAGCAAAGUGUUCUCUGGACUUGCUGGUUCUGAAAAAGAUAAUCUUGUCUGUUUGUCAUUCAAUGCAAUUAAAGUGGUUUAUUCUGUGUUCUGCUCCAUGGAGCAUUCACAAAAGGAAGAGAAUAAGGAUAAUAUAUUAAGAUUGCUUUCUUUUCUGAAGAAUGAACAUGCUCAUUUAUUUACUCCGGAGCAUAUCAAAGAGAUUCAGGUCAUGAUUAAUGCAAUUGAGUAUGUUGAUGCUUCGGGCAAUAGUGAUGUUAUUGGCAAGGAGGAAAAAUUGGAGGCCCUUGAUAAAACUCAGGAAAUUCUAGGUUUAAAAGCUAGUGAAUUGAUUUCUUCUAGUAAGCUUGUCCUUGAUAACUUGACAUAUCCAUCUGAAGUCUUUAAAUAUGGACAAAGUAAUAUUAAAAGCAGAGGAGUUAUGCUCCCUCUGUUUGACCUACAUAAGGUCCAUGAUUUAGACAGUUUACCGUCACCCACACGAGAAGCUCCAUCCGGCUUCGCUGGGAAUAAAUUGUUUUCGGUGGGAGAUGGGGUUGAUAGAUUUGGGUUGCCUCCUGCUGUUAAGACAGAGGUUGAGAAGAUGGAACUGGACAAUAAAGAUUCUAAGUUUCACAACUAUGAUACCGAUGCUUUGAAAGCUGUUUCAACAUAUCAACAAAAGUUUAGUCAAAGUUCUUUUUUUACUGAUGAUAAGUUUCCAAGCCCAACUCCUUCAGGUGACUGUGAGGGAGGGGUUGUUGAUACCAAUGAUGAGGUCUCUAGCGCUUCUGUAACUUCUUUGCUAACAAGCUCCAGGCCACCCCCCUUGGAUCCGAUGCCUGUUUCUUCUUCUUCCACCGAUAAGUCAAGCAUGCAUGGAUUAAUGAAUUCUAGAAUUGAUGCAGCAGUUUCUGGGUCUUACCCAGUGAAAAAUUCAGCAAAGAGUAGGGAUCCUAGGCUUCGUUUCAUUAAUUCUGAUGCAAGUACUUUAGAUCUUAACCAGCCUUUACGGGCAAAUAACAUGCCUACAGUGGAAUAUCCUGGAAGAGUAAUCUCAAGAAAGCAAAAAACUGAAGAGUCUUCAUUGGAUGCUACUGCUCCCAAAAGACUUAGAAGGUCUUUGGAAAACUCCGAGCACAAUACCAGAGCGGAAAGAACUGUGGCCGGAAAAGGUGGUUGGUUUGAAGAAAGUACGGUGGCUGAACUCGAAAGGACUAUGAAUACCAGUUCUGGUAAUCUGACCGUGACAAGUGAUGGAAAUGAGCAGGCACCUGUUACAGGUUGCAGCACCGCAGCUUCUUUACCUGUUGUACAAAAUAUGGCUGUAAAUCCAACCAUUUUAAUGAAUAUACUUUUAGACCAACAGCAGAGAUUAGCAGCAGAAGCCCAAAAGAAACCUGUUGAUUCUGCCACAAGUAUAUUGCAUUUAACAAACUCAAAUUCAGCAAGGGGGAAUACUGGUUCAGCAAUGACUGCUGGUCUUCCGCAAAGUUCUGUUGGAAUUCUUCCAGCUUCAUCACCAGCAACUUCCACGACACAACCCCUACAAGUGGAUUCUGGAAAAAUUCGCAUGAAACCCCGGGACCCACGUCGCAUUCUCCAUGGAAUUAGUACUCUCCAGAAGAGUGAGAAUUUGGGGAGUGAACAAUCCAAAGCAAUUGUAUCCCCUACGCCAAAUAACCAGGGAACUGGGGACAAUGUCAAUGCCCAGAAGCUUGAUGUUAGGGCUGCGGCAAAGUUGGCACCUAUUCAGUCAAUUACACAACCUGAUAUUACUCGACAGUUUACCAGGAAUCUGAAAAACAUUGCUGAUAUUAUGUCUGUUCCCCAAGAACCAUCAACUAACCCUCUUGCUACUCAAAAUGUUUCCUCUGCAUCUGUUCCCUUUACAUCAGAUAGGGCUGAGCAGAAAUCCAGCGUUCCUAACUCUCAGAACCUGAAAGAUGGCGUAGGAUCAGCUCCUGAAACAUGUGCAUCAGGUUCCUCUCGACCCCAGAAUACUUGGGCUGAUGUUGAGCACCUUUUUGAAGGUUACGAUGAGAAGCAGAAAGCUGCCAUACAAAGAGAGAGAACUAGGAGGCUUGAUGAACAGAAUAAAAUGUUUGCUGCUAAGAAGCUGUGCCUUGUGUUGGACCUAGACCAUACACUUCUUAAUUCUGCUAAGUUUGUGGAAGUUGAUCCUGUGCAUGAUGAGAUAUUGAGAAAGAAAGAAGAACAAGACCGUGAGAAGCCUCAAAGACAUCUUUUUCGUUUUCCUCAUAUGGGAAUGUGGACUAAACUCAGACCUGGAGUCUGGAACUUCCUUGAGAAAGCUAGUAAACUCUUUGAGAUGCAUCUUUACACUAUGGGAAACAAGCUAUAUGCUACAGAAAUGGCAAAGGUGCUUGAUCCAAAGGGAGUAUUGUUUGCUGGUAGAGUUAUUUCUAGAGGUGAUGACGCUGAAACAGUUGAUACUAAAAGCAAAGAUUUGGAAGGCGUUUUGGGUAUGGAAUCAUCUGUUGUAAUUAUAGAUGAUUCUGUGAGAGUCUGGCCUCAUAACAAACUGAACCUUAUAGUGGUGGAAAGGUACACAUACUUCCCUUGUAGCAGACGUCAAUUUGGGCUUCCUGGCCCUUCUCUUCUUGAGAUUGAUCACGAUGAGAGACCUGAUACUGGAACUUUGGCAUCCUCUUUGGGGGUUAUUGAGAGAAUACACCACAACUUUUUUGCUUCUGAAUCCUUAGAAGAAGUGGAUGUUAGAAAUAUCCUAGCUUCAGAACAAAGGAAAAUUUUGGAUGGUUGUCGUAUAGUAUUUAGUAGGGUUUUUCCUGUUGGCGAAGCCAAUCCCCACCUUCAUCCAUUGUGGCAGACAGCUGAACAAUUUGGUGCUUCUUGCACAAACCAAAUUGAUGAUCAGGUUACUCAUGUAGUUGCCAACUCCCUUGGGACUGAUAAGGUGAAUUGGGCUAUGGCCAAUGGAAAGUUUGUUGUUUAUCCUAGCUGGGUGGAAGCAUCAGCAUUGCUUUAUAGGAGGGCGAAUGAGCAAGAUUUUGCCAUUAAAUCUGAAAAAACCACCUAAUCCUCUAAAAUACAUGAAAUAUAAUCAAGAAUCACAAUGAUUCCGGGGUGUGUGAAUUAAUUAGGUCAGAAUUGGUCGGGGGAGACCCCUGUCCAUCGGUGGUUAUUGGUGAGUGGGUUAUUUUUUUACUAUGUUACCUGGCCAGUUGCUGUUGAGUUAUGGGAGAAUGUAAAAAUGCCCUUUGAUUCUUGGGAUUUUGCUACUGGCUUUGGUGGCUAAGGUGGGCUGAAAAAAUGAGUUGAUUGCUAGGACUAGGUGAGUGAUAUUGUGAAGGAUGAGACUUAUGAGAAACUGAGAUGGUGACAAGAGUGAGGGAAAUAUACUUCUGCUGACAGAAUAAUUAAAGGCCUCUGCAUUUAGAGUGGUAAAAUAUAUGGAAGAAUUCAGACUUAAGGAAAUAUUGACUAAACCUAAUUUAGGGAUAAAAUAUUCCUUGAUUAGUACUUGAGUCUAAGGAGAUGAGGACGCUAAAACGACGAAGUCAGGAUUUUUUGGAGGGAGUAGUUGGUCCAGCAGAGUGAAUUUCUUAUAAUUGAAUCUAUGUAUCAACAUGUGAAUGGUGGUUAAAGUUUUUAGGGGAUUAAAUUGAUCACCAUUCACCACUCCCUCCCCCAAAACAAAUAAAGUUGGGCAGGUGGGAGAUGAUAGAAAGUUUGUCUAAAAGUCUAACCAUGAAUUUGUAGUCAAAAGUCAUUUACCUUGUUGGUUGCUUCAGCCUUCUAUUUAUGAGGGGAUUGCCUUUAAAACAAA